AUGAUAGGAACUGCUAUUUUCGACGAUAAUUUUUCUGAAGACAAAUUAACAUUAAUUGCAAGAGGAGGAUUCUCCCAAAUAUUCGUUACUCAAUGCAAUCUCACAAAAUAGCCUAUUGUAGUUAAGAAAAUGAAAAGCGAUGAUCCAUCAACAUUAAAUUUUUUAACUCAAGAAGCUAAUUGCAUUAAAAAAUUGAAUGAUGAAAACCCGAAUAUCAAAAAUAUUAUUAAAAUUUACUCGAAUCACUAAAGAGGAAAUUGCAUAUAUAUAGCUAUGGAAUAUUGCCCUUUAGGUUCUUUAGAAAAAAUACUUUAGCAGAAGCAGAAACUAUCUCAUUAUGAAAUAUUGAUAUUUGCAAAGCAGAUGAUUUCAGCUUUGAUAUACGCUCAUAGAUUAGGUCUUGUACAUUCAGAUUUGAAACCAGAAAACGUUCUUAUUAGAGAAUAAAACGAGUAUGUUUUGACUGACUGGGGAAGUGCUUAAUAACUAAAUCAUUAACAUUCUACUACUCUUAGAGAUAAUACUUAUUUUACUCCUGGAUAUCAAGCACCUGAGUUGUAAAAUGAAAAUUUGAUUUCAUCAAAUAUGAAAUUUAAUUAUUUUAUAGCUGACAUUUACUCUCUCGGAAUGAUGCUCUUAAGAUGCACAGGACCUACAUUUAGAGAGAUAAGAACGAUCAGUUCUGAGGCUGAUUAAGGUGACCAUGAUUGGAAAAUUAAUAAAUUAUUCAAAACCUAUAUCUAUUAGAAAGAGUACUAGGACGGUGUAAUAGAUAAAAUUAUUGCAGGCUUCCUUAACUAUAGCAAAUCCUCUCGUAUGAAAUUAGAAGAAGCAUUGAAGACUAUAAAUACAACCUAUCCUAAUCUAGAGGACUAAGAAAAUAUAAAGGAGAAUUUUGACUCUCAGAUCUAAGAAGAAUAUCACAAUAUUUAAGAUUGUUCAAAAUAUAAUUUCUUAGCUAAUUGUGAUUAAAUUGAAGAAAGCCUCAACCUCAGCUAACUUAAGAUAUCAACUUAAGAAAGGUCUAAUCAAUCAUAAAGCUAGUAAUAUAAUCAAAAUACUAUUACUAUUCCCAAAAAAAAUUAUUCUUCUUACAGAAAUUAAAUCUCUUCUUUUAAUCAAAAUCUAGUUUUUUCAAAUGAGCAAGUCUCUUAAUCAGUAGGAAAAUAAAUGUAAUACUAAAAGCCAUUAUAAAAAAGCAAUCAAUCCGAAGCAAAUUAGUAAAAUGUAUUGAGUAAUCAAACAAAUUCUUUUCAGCAAUAAAGAUUUUCUCAACCAGACUUCAAAUCUUCAAAAAGUAUAUUUGUUGAAAGCUCUGAAUAAGCUUAACAAAUUCAAUAAAUGCACAAAAAUAUUGAAGAAAUGAGCAGCUCUAAUGAUAUUUCAAGUAGCAAUAGCUCUGGAAACGGUAGCAACCAAAGCUCAAAGAAAGUUGAUAAAGUAGAAUCAGGUGAUUUGAAAGAUUCUUCAAGACAAAAAAUAAGAGAAAUCAAACGUAACAAAAGCUAAGAUAAAUUAAGAAUCAAUAAAAACAUAUCUAUUACAUAUUUAAAUGAAUUAAUCAAAUUAAACCCUGAAGUUGACAAUUUUAAGGCCUAUUUAUCCAAUUAAAUUAAUGAUGAAAAUGUGUCAUAACUCUCUUAAAAACUUAAUGAACUAGUUAACAUUAAAAAACUCUUUCUAGCAAUUGGAGGAAAUACAAAUUUUACAGAUAACUCGAUUUUUGCAAUUUAAAAUGCUCUUGAAAAUAAAAAAAAUUUACAAGAAAUAUCAUUUGAUGUUAGCAAUUCACAAAAAGUAAGUCUCAGUGCAAUUAAUCAUUUUUUACAAGGUAUCUAUAGCAAGAAUUUAGAGUCCAUUUCUCUCUCUUUAUCAAGAAUUUAAAUUUCUGAUACUGAUUUUGAUGAUCUUGUUUCCUUCCUUUUUGACUUAAAAAACUUAAAGAGAUUGUCAAUCAGUCUUUCUUAAUGCUAGUAGAUCACUGAAGACGAUAUUGAUUUCAUUUGUGAAUAAGCAGAGGAUUAUGAUCAAUUAAAUAGCUUUUAUUUAAUAUGUCCAAGGAAUGUAAUCUAAGAUGAUAAGGCAUUUUAAAUAGAAAACAGAUUAUCUAACUAAAUUUCAGAUGUAAAAAUAACAAUAAGCUCUUGA